UGCAUUUUUAAGACCUAAACUGGGGAAACAAUAUGAAGCUUCCUGUGUGUCCUUUGAAAGAGUUUUAGUAGAGAACAAGCUGCAUGGCCUUUCUCCAGCUCUUUCUGAAGCCAUCCAGAGCAUUUCUCGCUGGGAACUUGUCCAAGCUGCACUCCCACAUGUGCUGCACUGCACUGCAACAUUGCUGUCCAACCGAAACAAGCUAGGACAUCAGGAUAAGCUUGGAGUAGCUGAAACAAAGCUUCUUCACACCCUUCACUGGAUGCUACUGGAGGCCCCUCAGGACUGCAGCAAUGACCGAUUUGGAGGAGACAGAGGCUCUAGUUGGGGAGGGAGCAGUAGCGCCUUUAUCCAUCAGGCUGAAAACCAAGGAUCACCAGGACAUCCCCGGCCCAGAACCACAAAUGAUGAGGAGGAGAAUAACAGAAGGAAGUUCUUCCAGAACUCCAUGGCCACAGUGGAGCUCUUUGUGUUCCUAUUUGCUCCCCUUGUCCACAGGAUUAAAGAAUCUGACCUGACAUUCCGGUUGGCUAGUGGCCUUGUUAUUUGGCAGCCUAUGUGGGAACACAGGCAGCCUGAAGUUUCUGCCUUCAACGCCCUUGUAAAACCAAUCAGGAACAUUGUUACAGCUAAGAGAAGUUCUCCCACCAACAAUCAGAGUGUGACUUGUGAAUCCCCUAAUCUUGACAGUGGACAUACCGAGGGACUACAGGUGGUCUGUGAGACAACCCAGCCAGAUUCUGUACCUCCAAAGGCCACUGUUUCAGCAUGUCAUCGUGGAAAUUCCUUGGAUGGAAGCGUAUCCUCCCAAACCUCUCAGGAGAGAGGUACUGCACAUCCCAGGGUGUCCUUGGUGAUUCCGCCAUGCCAGAAGUCUCGUUAUGCCACAUACUUUGAUGUGGCAGUGCUGCGCUGCCUGCUGCAGCCACAUUGGUCUGAGGAAGGCACACAGUGGUCACUAAUGUACUACCUGCAGAGGCUGAGGCAUAUGUUACAGGAAAAGCCGGAGAAACCACCUGAGCCAGAGAUGACUCCUUUACCGAGACCUCGCAGCAGCUCCAUGGUGGCUGUUGCACCCUCUCUGGUGAAUACCCACAAAACACAGGAUCUGACAAUGAAAUGUAAUGAGGAAGAAAAAUCACUAAGCACAGAGGUGUUUUCUAAGGUUUCACUGACGAACUUGCGCAGACCAGCAGUUCCAGAUCUCUCCACGGAUCUGGGGAUGAACAUUUUCAAAAAGUUUAAGAGCCGCAAAGAGGACAGGGAGCGUGAGCGCAAAGGGUCAAUUCCUUUCCACCAUACCGGGAAGAAGCGGCAACGAAGGAUAGGGGUGCCCUUUCUUCUCCAUGAGGAUCAUUUGGAUGUCUCGCCCACUCGCAGCACUUUCUCCUUUGGCAGUUUCUCUGGAAUCGGAGAGGACCGGCGUGGCAUCGAGAGAGGAGGAUGGCAAACUGCCAUAUUAGGAAAGUUUACCAGACGGGGGAGCUCUGACACAGCAACGGAGAUGGAGAGCCUGAGCGCCCGGCAUUCACACUCUCAUCACACUCUGGUCUCUGAUCUGCCAGACCACUCAAACAGCCAUGGAGAGAACACAGUCAAAGAAGUGCGGUCCCAGAUCUCCACCAUCACUGUAGCAACCUUCAACACUACCCUGGCCUCAUUCAAUGUGGGCUAUGCCGAUUUCUUCAGUGAGCACAUGAGGAAGCUUUGCAACCAGGUGCCCAUCCCUGAGAUGCCCCAUGAGCCGCUUGCAUGUGCCAACCUCCCACGGAGCCUGACAGACUCAUGCAUCAAUUACAGUUGCUUGGAGGAUACAGAUCACAUUGAUGGAACAAACAACUUUGUCCACAAGAACGGCAUGCUGGAUCUCUCGGUGGUCCUGAAGGCUGUUUACUUGGUCCUGAACCAUGACAUCAGUUCCCGGAUUUGUGAUGUGGCACUGAACAUUGUGGAGUGCUUACUUCAGCUUGGGGUGGUGCCCUGUGUAGAGAAGGUUCGGAGGAAGAGUGAGAAAAAAGAAAAUGAGGCCCCUGAAAAGAGGCAAAGUGAAGGAUCCUUCCAGGUCAAAGGGGCUGCUUCUGGUGGUUCAGCUUGUGGAUUUGGGCCUCCCCCAGUUGGUGGAGCUGGAGAUGGAGGAGAAGGAGGUGGUGGAAGUGGUGGAGGAGGUGGAGGUGGAAAUGAUGGAGGUGGUGGAGGAGGAGGAGGGCCAUAUGAGAAGAAUGACAAAAACCAAGAAAAGGAUGAAGGCCCAUCUGUUAGCACCCAUAGGCUGGCACUCACAAUGCUGAUCAAAAUUGUGAAGUCACUGGGUUGUGCCUAUGGUUGUGGAGAAGGACAUCGAGGGCUCUCUGGAGAUCGCCUGAGACACCAGGUAUUCCGGGAGAAUGCUCAGAACUGCCUCACAAAGCUGUACAAACUAGAUAAGAUGCAGUUCCGGCAGACCAUGAGGGAUUAUGUGAACAGGGAUUCUCUCAAUAACGUGGUGGAUUUCCUGCAUGCUUUACUGGGAUUCUGCAUGGAGCCAGUCACUGACAACAAGGCUGGAUUUGGGAAUAACUUUACCACAGUGGACAACAAAUCUACAGCCCAGAGUGUUGAAGGUAUUAUUGUGAGUGCCAUGUUCAAGUCGUUGAUCACUCGCUGUGCUUCAACUACACAUGAGCUGCACAGCCCGGAAAACCUGGGCUUGUACUGCGAUAUCCGACAGCUGGUCCAGUUUAUCAAGGAGGCUCAUGGGAAUGUAUUUCGGAGAGUGGCACUCAGUGCCCUCUUAGACAGUGCUGAAAAGUUAACACCAGGAAAAAAAACAGAGGAAACAGAGCAAGAGCCGAAACCUUCUGGGAGCAAAAGAUCUGAGGUGGGAAGCGUCAUCAUUGACAAAGGCCAGGCACCAGCUCCCCCUGAUGAAUGCCGUAGUUACGUGUCAAGCCGCCCAAUGCAAACUCCAGAACAUGAUGAGCAAAUCCAAGGGGCCGUUCUGGGACGCAAGGACUUCUGGCGAAAGAUGUUCAAGUCACAGAGUGCAGCAAGUGACACCAGUAGUCAAUCUGAGCAGGACACAUCCGAGUGCACCACUGCCCACUCUGGGACCACCACAGACAGACGCUCCCGCUCCCGUUCCCGAAGAAUCUCCCUUCGAAAGAAACUCAAACUCCCCAUAGGGAACUGGCUGAAGCGUUCCUCCCUCUCUGGCCUGGCUGAUGGGGUGGAAGAUCUCCUAGAUAUCAGCUCUGUCGACCGUCUGUCUUUCAUCAGGCAGAGUUCCAAGGUGAAGUUUACCAGCGCAGUGAAGCUGUCAGAAGGAGUGGGGCCAGGAGGUGGCCUGGACAACGGGCGAGAUGAAGAGGAGAAUUUCUUCAAGCGUCUUGGUUGCCAUAGCUUUGAUGAUCACUUGACCUCCAACCAAGAAGGAGGAAAAUCCAAGAACGUUGUGAACCUGGGAGCAAUCCGCCAAGGCAUGAAGCGCUUUCAGUUUCUCCUGAACUGCUGUGAACCAGGCACUAUCCCCGAUGCCUCCAUUUUGGCAGCAGCCCUAGAUCUUGAAGCUCCAGUAGUGGCGAGAGCGGCCCUGUUCCUCGAGUGUGCACGUUUUGUUCACCGCUGUAAUCGUGGCAACUGGCCUGAGUGGAUGAAGGGCCACCAUGUAAACAUUACCAAGAAAGGCCUGUCCCGUGGACGUUCUCCUAUUGUGGGCAACAAAAGGAACCAGAAGCUGCAAUGGAAUGCAGCUAAGCUUUUCUACCAGUGGGGAGAU